UAAUAUUGAUAAAAUGUGUUUUAAUGAUUUUUGAACAUAAUUUUUACAGUUAUCAAGUAUAAAUAUUUUAUUUAUUAUUAAUUUUGUCCAAAAAAAAAAGUUUACUAAGUUACGUAUGUAUUAUCAGUUAAAAUUAUAUUAUUAUUCAAGCAUCGAGAUUGGCAUCUUUAUCAAUAAAAGACUCAUGAGCGAUUAUCACUGGGUAUGAAACUGGUAGAGUACAUACAUGUUAAACAUAAAAACCAUAGACUUAUAAAUGAUAAAUUAAUAAAAUGUCUAUGAUAAAAACUUGCACUAAAUGUGCCCCAAUAUUCCAUAUGGAACAUAAAAAUAUAAAAUAUAUAGUGAAGUUGCUGCAGUCAGGUGAAAAACGCCAUGAGUGAUUACAUUGUUAUCUAUGGAGAUAAAAAAAAAAUUAAAUAUUUUUAUCUCAAUAUUCAAAUUCGCGAUAUUGUCAUUUAAUUAAAUAAUUAAUAUCAAAGAUAAAAGUAUUUUUUUAGUAAAUUAAUACCAUUUAUUUUUAUUUGAAUAUUAUCUCAUUAAUUACCUAACUUAUUUUAGCGUAUAUUAUUUAAUAUCAAAUAAAAUUUUAUUAAAACCAUAAACCUUGACUAUCAAUCGGUUUAAUUUAUUUGAGGUUACAAAAAUUUAAAGUGUUAUGAUUAAAGUUGACCCAAAAUAAUCUUAUCCUUCAAAUCAAAUGUUUAAUUUCUAAUUUUAAACCAAUCAUAAUAAGUGAACUGUGAAGUGAACAUAUGAAGUACUGAAUUACCGACGAUAAUUUAAAAUCCAGAAUAAAUAAACAUUUAUUUGAUUCUAUAAAACAUUCGUCUUUAGGUAAAUGUAGUGUAUUAAAUUAUUGUUUUGUACAUUUGUAAAUUGUAUGAGCGUCCAUUUAAUUUUAUACAAUCUUUUUAGCUGUUCGUCACAGGUAUCAAACAAUUUUAUGCUAACAUGGGUGGAUCAGCAAGUACAACUCGGACACUUGAAAUUGAGAAUCCAAAUGUAAUCACUUUAUCAGAUAAAGUUGUAGAAAGACUUAGAGGUCAAGAACAGUCAGUACCAGUUGACCAUGGUUCACUUAGUUUACCAGCAUUUGUCCAGCCGUCAUCAUUGCAAAUACAGAGGGUUGUUCAGCAAGAAUUGGAUGAAAAUGAUAAGAGGUGGGAGCAACGUUUCCGUCAUAUUAAUGACAGUCAAAAUGCUCAAAAUCGCAAGGUAGAAAUUGAAUACAAACGCACCUAUGAAUCUGUCAAGAAGUUGUUACCUCAAAUUGGAGAUGGUGCCCUUAGUAAAAUAGUAAAAGAAAAUGAAAAUAACCUUUUAGAUUGUUUAGCCAAAAACAAUGGUGCACCUUUGAAUUGUACUGACACUAUCAAAGACUACCAGAGAGUUUUAUUUCAAUCUACAAAUCAACAAAUUUAAACAUCAGUUUAGUUCAUUAGACAUUUAUAUAGGGGUUCAAUAAUUAUGUGAAUAAUAAUAUUUAAAUGUCAGAUAUUUGAAUUAUAACUAUUAAGACCAUGGUGAGUAGUUCUGUUUUAUAUUAAUAAAGAGCUUUAUGUUUUUGAAUUACUGUUUAUUAUUGAAAUAUAAUCUAAAGUAUUUAUUUAUUGGGAAUGUUUUAGAUUUUUAUUUACAUUAAUUUUUUUUCAAUAAAAAAUGUAUUUUAUUUUACAU